GAAGUCUUCGAAGGCGCUUCCGGUUAAACUCAAGGGCAAAACUAUCACAUGUGCUGAAGCGAUACAGACUUUUAAUCUCCUCGAGUCGGUUUUAUUAAAUCUAUAUUGUGUAAGAUGGACAAUUUCGGUUCAGAUUUUCCUUCGGGUUCGUCAGGUAAAAUGGACACCGGCACGAUAAUGGAACAAGUCAAAGUUCAGAUCGCUGUUGCUAAUGCACAAGAGCUGCUGCAGAGAAUGACAGAUAAAUGCUUCAAGAAGUGCAUUGGCAAACCAGGAAGCACGCUUGACAAUUCCGAACAGAAAUGCAUCGCCAUGUGCAUGGAUCGCUAUAUGGACGCGUGGAACACAGUCUCUCGCACCUAUAAUUCAAGAUUACAGAGAGAACGAGCACGCAUCUGAUGCACAGAUAGUGCCCGGUAUCACCUCUGUAUCACUCGAGUCCUCAGGUAGAGAUGCCUGGCCUCCACAACAGGUGCAUAGAUUUGACAGCUAAAGGCUACAGAUGGAACCAGGUGCUCCAAUUUGAACUCUACAUGGACUUUUUUUUUCCGAAACAAUGUAUAAGAUGUAUAUUUGUCAUAAAUAAUUCACAUAUUCAGAUGAUGAGUGGUUGAAUGCAUUUCUUAAGCUAUAAAUUAUGUCUAGAACAGUGGUUCCCAAUCCUGGUCCCCGAGGCCCCCCUGCCAGAAAGUUUUAGAUGUCUCCUUAUUGAACACACCUGAUUUAACUCACCAGCUCAUUAGGGAGACAUGUUUACCAUUUUAGAAGUAGGCUGAUAAAUUGAAUCAGGUGUUUUAAAUAAGGAGACAUCUAAAACUUUCUGUCAGUGGGCCCUGGAGGACCAGGAUUGGGAAACACUGGUCUAGAAUAAGACGGGAAUGAAUUUUGGCUCCGCCCAUUCUGUAUUCUAUUGGGAGGUGUCUCAAUGUUCAUUAUAAAUGGAAGAUUUGGCUCCUCCCCUUUUCCUGCUUUAUCUAUUCAACAUGCAGCCAAUCAAAAUGCAGCAUGGGUGAAUCUGUCACUCCCAGAGGGGAUUGUUUACCUCUUUUACACCAACCUAGUUUUUGUCACAAGGAGAGGGAUUCAGAGCCUUUGUUGUAAUAAUUGUUGCUUCUUCACCAGAAGUCGUCAAACUAUGCUUCAGAACAAAAUGCAAUUGUCAGUCCUGGCGUGUCAUUUGUCUCAUAGUCUGUUAAGUACAGUUGCAUUUUUGUUCAGACACCCGUUGCUCAUUUGCAAACCUUUGUGUUAAAGUAGUUCACUUUGUGUACAAGCAUUUCACAUUUCUUUAAAUUUCCUUUUGGUUUUGUGAUGGCUUGAACACCGACUGUACUGAGAGGUGUACAGACAUAUUUUAUAUAAUUGUCACCAAGCCAUUAAUAAAUACCAUCAAACCAG